AUGGAUCCAUGCAAGGGUGAAAGAUGGAAUGCAGCCUUCCCAAAUAAUUCAGACUCCUUAACUUUGAUACAGAGACGAGAUAUGUAUCUUUCCUAUAUCGACAUUUAUAAUAUUGUUAAUGAUGAGAUGAAAGGAGUGAUUUUCUUAGGUAACAAGAAAGAAGAAUAUGGUGAGAAUAUAUCUAUCAAAGAAUGGAUCACUUUGUCAAAAGAAGAUGGAUCCUAUACAUGUAGUAACUUGAUCUGGAGUUCAUCUUUAGGCUUUAUGUAUGGGUUCCAAACCGAAUUUCAAAAAAACAUGUUAAAAUUAAAAAGCGCAAAAACUGUUUGCAUAGAUGGCACACAUGAAACAACAUCACAUAAAACAUAUCUCUUUACCUUACUUAUACGAGAUAAUGAAGGUGGACAAGUAUAUCCUGGAGCUACGAUUCUGUUAUGUCAGUGGCAUGUAAAGAAUGCCUGGCAAAAAAAUAAAGGAAAAAUUAAAGCUGAUGGAAAGCAAGCGACUCAGAAGACGGCAUUGGAUGAACUUGGUAUAAUUAUGAGGAUUCGAGAUACAUCCCAGAUACAAAGUAAAUUUGAUGAAUAUCUUACUUCAUGGACAAUCUUUG